AUGUCCAUGGUAAGUGCUAUCACUGGCAGAGUCGCUCUUUUGGACCGUGAGGGAAGGUGUCACCGCUGCCUGGACCGGCACAAGAAUAGUUGUUCAGAAACCUUUAUUCCCACUGUAAGAAAGUGGGCGAGGAGCGACUUCGAUCAUCGCGCCGGCAUCUGCGCUCAACCGGACGAAGGCAACCGUUCCCGCCAGUGCAGUAGGGAGCUCGAGGACAGAAUCGAGAAAUGCAAAACCGAGCUGAGGGAAAUAGGUGACACGAUCGACUGA